UACUAUAUACAUCUCGAUGCGCAUGACUGUUUAGUAUGUUUCGCUUUUGCUGAUCCCCAAGCCGGCCCGGCGUGUUCAAAUAUAUUUCAUUACUUUAAUUCGCCUUUAACGUAGUUCUCCUGGUACUGUUUAUUGGUUUACGUUAUUUUUACAUAAAAAUCAAUCAGUCGAAAUUAGUUAGCCACAACAUAAGUUAGGUACGGAGGAGACGUGCUCAUAUAAAGCUACAUUUUUGUAAACCGAUAAAGUUGCAGUCACCUUUUGUUCGGUGCCCCUAAUAGACGUGCUUGUUUUCAACACUUUUUAUUUGUCCGUCAACGACGUAUUUUGUGAAUCCAAACACAAAACCGCUAGCACCGAAUACAGGAUGGAUAUUGACAUGAAUAUUUAUAUGGAUUUUGAAAGUCGUUUGAAAACCUUUAAUGAAAAUUGGAGUCUAACUUUUAUAUCACCUUUUGAAAUGGCCCAAGCUGGUUUUGCUUACUUAGGCGUUAAACAUCUAGUGAGAUGUAGUACUUGCAAAAUAAGACUUUCUACAUGGCGAAAUGGUGAUAAUCCAUUAUGUAUACAUUUUAGUAUCGCUACUAAUAGAUGUGGAUUUCUUCGAGAGUCUUUGAUGACAAGUAGAGGUCGUAUGAAUACGUUUCAAGACUGGCCUGUUACCUUUUUAAAACCUCGUGAUAUGGCCAAAGCUGGUUUUGUUUACACAGGUGUUGGAGAUAAGGUAAAGUGUUUUACGUGCUUGGAAGAAUUUGAUAGAUGGGAAAAAAAUGAUACUCCAAUGGGUGAACAUAUGUAUCACAGUUCACAAUGUCCAUUCGUGAUUUCAUACAAAAGAAAAUUUAACAAUCCUUCUGGUCCCUAUGGCUUAACCAGUUUGGGAGUAAAAACGAUAGAAGAUAAGUUACAUACUGAGGGUAUUGUGCUAUUUGUAAAUCCUUUAGUUUAUGAAACAAUGGUUGCCUUGAAUGCCCGCCUCAAAUCAUUUAAUAGAUGUGUGAUAUCAUUGCAACUAGAUAUUAAUGCUGUAUGUAAAGCUGGAUUUUUUUAUUCAGGCAAUGGUUAUACUGAUAGUUUGACUUGUUUUUAUUGUGGUGUUACUAUCAUUAAAUGUAAUGGAGACUUUGACCCAUGGGAAGUACAUGCCGAAAUGUCGAAAACUUGUAAUUAUUUGUUUUUAAAGAAAGGCAAAAGCUUUUGCGACAGGGCGAAUGACGUGGAAAGCGAUGAAAUAAAAUCCAAUCAACUGAAAUUAUUCAAGUUGAUCGCUGCAAAGAAAAAUACACUCACACUCAAAUCUAAAAUGAGUAUACAAUCAACAAAAAAGCAUUUUAAAAGAUAAAAAUCACCAAAAUAUUAUCUGAUAAAAUUGAGGAGCAUCUUUUUCAAAAGCUAGCACCAAAUUUAUUACCUGAUAAU